UGGAGACAAAUUUAGUUUAAGGGCGAGCCUCAAAAUGGUGGAUGGAAGUGAAAUCACUUCCGGAGUAUUGACACUUUCUUGUCUUUCCAUCAAAAGAAUGAUAUAAAUGCUGAAAGAAAGGAUUGAUCGAAAACAUUCAUUUACUUUAUUUUAGUUUAAAAUAAUAUUGAUUACUUGAUUUUCUGUUUCAUGAUGAAAUGACUAAAUCAUCGAAUAAAAUUGAAAAAAUAACUCGUUCAGUCUUUGUCCACACUACUGUACAAGUUACAACGAGGGAUUGUGACUUAUCUUAUUAAUUAAAUUGUUGACAAUAAGGCAUGAAAUGGAAAUUAAUGUAAACCUGUAACUCAUAACUAGCAUUGCUUAUUUUUGAAAUUUUAAGUGUAAAAAUGCGAGAAUAUAAAGUUGUGGUGUUGGGGAGUGGAGGUGUAGGGAAGUCUGCUUUGACUGUUAAAUUUGUUUCCGGUACUUUCAUGGAAAAGUAUGAUCCAACAAUAGAAGAUUUUUACCGUAAGGAAAUAGAGGUUGACAAUGCACCCUCAGUGCUUGAAAUUUUAGACACAGCAGGAACAGAACAGUUUGCUUCCAUGCGAGACUUGUACAUAAAAAAUGGACAAGGUUUCCUGAUAGUAUAUAGUAUAACAAGUUUACAGACUUUCCAAGAUAUAAAAACAAUGAAAGAACAGAUAAUAAGAGUGAAAGGAGUAGAUAAAAUUCCAAUGAUUCUUGUAGGAAAUAAAUGUGACUUAGAGCAUCAACGUGAAGUUCCUAUUCAAGAAGGUGCUACUCUUGCACAAACGUGGGGUUGUCCAUUUAUGGAAACCUCUGCUAAGAGUACAAACAACGUUAAUGAAGUUUUUAUAGAAAUUGUACGUGAAAUGAACACUAGUCCAGUGAAAGAAAAGAAAGGUUGUUGCACCUUAUUAUAACACUUCAGGAUAUUUAAUGUCAACCAACAUAUAACAUCUGUCAAGUAAUGGACCAGUGAUUAGUACAGUUUAUUUGUGUGACUUUGUGAAUGUAUCUGAUAAUCAUCUUUAAUUGUGAAAGGAACUGCAUUGCCCUGCCAGAUAAUCAGAUGAUGUCUCCAUAACCUUUCAAAGUGAAUGAUCUACAAAAGAAGAAAUGUUAUGUGAAAACGAAUCUUUUCAUGGGGUUUUAUAUGUACCUUUAAAUACUACCUAUAUAUGUUAAUCAACUAAAAAUUACAUGUAGAACAUCAACAUAUUAACUUUUCACAAUUGAUAAUAAUUUUUCUCAAUUUAAAGAAGUGUUCUAAAAAUACAUAGACUUUUAGAGUGAGCAUUGAUACUUAAGUUUGGAAAGACAUCUUGAUAACAUAAAGUAAAAUAAAUUGAGUUGACAUUUAAGGAAACUUAUUGAUCUUUUAUCUAGUAAUUUUACAGCUAUUUGUUAGAUCUAAAGAAUAGUAUUAGGAAUGGUUCCCUACUAACAGUACUACUGAGUAAUCUCAGCAGGUCCCAGUCUUGCUUCACCAACUUACUAGUAUGUCAACAGUGUCUAAAUGUUGGUGUACUUCAAGCUCAAAUUAUUUUCUGAAUUAUUGGUAUACCCUUCCACUAUUUAAGAUACUUCCUACAUAACUGUUAUUUUACAAUAAAGCACUGAAAAUAGUCAACUCAUUUGUUAGCUCUUGUUUAAAUUAUAUCAGGUUUUUGAUUUAUGUCAGUAACUUACAAUAAGUAUAUAGACUGUACUUGCUUAAAACUUUCAGAAGUACAACAGUUACUGUAGCUUUAAAAAGUGAGAUGAAUGAAAAUCAACAUAUAUUUGUUGUUAGGCUUUAAAAACCAGUAUUGUAUAUUAGGCAGUGUAGACAGUUACCAGACUGUGAUAUAUAUAUAUGUUUUAAUUUGACCAAAUUUGAUGGUACCAUGCUGUACCUAGGUAUAAACUUAAGCUCUAUGUAAAGAUUAUUGUUCAGCAGCUAUACAGUUGGUCACAUGUAUAUGUGAAAGUGUUAAAGGAUACUUAAUUAUGUAUAAAUACAUAUGUAUAAGUGCAUAGUGCAGUUUAUGAUAAAUAUGUCUUUACUUUAAUCACUUGUGUCAAAUACCAGCACUCAGUUUUAAGAGUUUACAAUAUAUUUUGUUACUACAAUAGUUUUAGUUAGGAAGAUAGGAAAAGACUAUUUAUUUUAACAAGAACUCUGUCAUAUUCUAUGUUUACAGUGCUUGAUAAGCUGAAAAGAUUGCUUAAAUCAGGUUUGCCCAUAGUAUAAAUACUCAUUGUGAAAAAUUCUUGCAAAAAUUGCACCCAUCCUUUAAAAUCUUUAGAUAAUGAUAUUAUUAGGUACAGAUAAAUCACUUGAAAUGGUCUGCACUGUUUGCUUUUCAGCAAAUACAUUAUUUGAAAAUUUUCCUAUAAAAAUGCUGGACAGUUGAUCUAUGAUAUAUUUAUUUUUGAUUCAGUACUUAUGUUAAUUAGGUUGAUAGAUAUAUUUUGUCUACUUGUGCAUAUGAAAGUGCAUUGUUUUAUUAACAUAAUUUACAUAUAAUUAUAUUUGACUUGUCAAUAAAUUAGAAAUAUUAAAGACAAUUGGCUGCUAUGAGGAUGUGUUACAUGUUCCUAUAGCUGACAGCUGUAUUUUAUAUUCAGAAACUGUAGUCUAAUAUAUGUACUCAAAAAUUGUCAAUCAUAUUUCAAUUUUAUUUUACUUAAAUAAUGCUUGUGUGACACUGAAUAAUAAAUCAUUAUUAAAAUAGCUGUAGAUGGUAAAGCCUCAAAUGUCUAAUCUAUAUAUACAGCUUGAAACAAAGAUAGAAAAUACUAUAAAUGACUAAAUGUAUGUAUAGGGCUAAGUUUAUUACAUAUUUAAGUUCAUAUAAACUUAUUUGAUCCUUUGUAGGGCCCAGAAUAGCUUAGUAACUUAUAGCUUAGUAUCAUUAGAAAAAAUUGAAAACUUAAUAUGUUGUCAAUAAACUUUAAGGCUUAAAGUAGUAUUUAUUUUAUUAGAAAACAGCAUAUAAUAUGUAUAUUUAUAUGUACAGUCUAUUUUUCUAGCCUUAUUGUUAUCUAAAUUGAACAAGCAUGCAUUAUCUAAAAACCGCAGUGUUAAAUGGUUUGUUUAUUAUAUUUUAUUUGUUCAGUUAGCUAAUCUUUGAGUUACGACUUUCAAUAAGGAAAUUUAUCAAUUAAUAAAAUAUUGCAUUGUAUAGCUUUUCUGCCGUGUCUGUAAUAUGUGAAGUUUAUAUUUUAACAUCAUGAACAUAGUGUCAAUGAGAUAAUUGAUUGUCAGGCCCUGUGUAAGAGAAACAGGUCAAUAUUGAAAACCAUUUUGAACAUUUUAAUACAUUAUGUUCUAUUUUUAGAUUAUUUAACUUUUUAAGAUUUUCUUUUUAAAUUCUGAUUUUGAUACAUAAAAUUAUAUUAUCAUAAUUCUUCAAAAUGUCAAAUUGUUAAUCAUAAAAUUUUUCAUGAAUAUGUUUUGUUUAGCUGUAUAAUGAUACUGUUAACAUGGUUAAUAACUGGUUAAUUUAUUAUGUCUUAUAUCAACAAUUGGUUAAUUUAUUAUGUCUUAUAUCAACAAUUGGUUAAUUUAUUAUGUCUUAUAUCAACAAUUGGUUAAUUUAUUAUGUCUUAUAUCAACAAUUGGUUAAUUUAUUAUGUCUGAUAUCAACAUGAAAAAUGUAUGAGUACUGUUGUAAUACACGGGAGAGGAAGUGUUACACGAGGGAUGGAGUUCUUAUGAUAAUUUAUCAACAAGUUAUCAUAAGAACUCCAUCCUUCGUGUAACACUUCCUCCCCCGUGUAAUAUAUUGGCAUUCUUAUUCAGCUAGACAGUCAUAUCUUACAGUCAUAUAAGGUCACUCUUUUUGACCCAAUAUCUAACCAAUAUAAAGUUAAACCAAUUAAAAUGUUAUAAUUUUGUUUCACAAUAUUAGAUCUUUUCUUGAUCAUAACUAUUUUUCUGGAGAUGAUUUGAACUAAAAGAUAAUGAGCAUUUGUCUCUAGGAUAGACAGUUUAUGCACGUUCUUGUGCUGUUGAUUGGCAGACCUAAACUUUUCAUCUUGAUUUACCCUAGAAGGCUAGAUAUGGAGGGAUGAACAAACCAUUGUAAAAAUCAGCAGGAUAAGAUUGAGGAAUGCAUGGGUAAUUUUUGAAGAGAUCACUUUGUCACUGACAAAUGUUAAAAUCAAGGAAGUUAUAUAUUUUCCUUAUUUCUCUGUACUACUUUAACUGUUGUGUUUAAAUUUUCAACAUGUUAUGUGACAUUCAAAGUGUAAAUUCUCAUCACUUAGAGAAAACUUAAUCGUUUCUACUUCUGUAAGAUGAUUGUUUUGUAGUCAAAAAGACAACCUUUAUAUAAAUUUUGUUUUAGGGUUUUAGUUACAAUAAACAUUCAAAGUUUCAGUCAGUUUUAAUUAACAAAUGCAUAAACGUUUUGGUCAAGUUAAAUAGUGGAAACUGUCAGAAAUUAAGAAAUAAUAUAUCCCAAACUGUGAUUUUAUUGCGCAAUUACAUCACUGUUUGGAGUUCGGAUGCGGGGAAUUAUAUCACGAGGGCGUAGCCCGAGUGAUAUAAUGAUGCGCGUCCGAACGACAAACAGUGAUGUUAUCAAGCAAUAAAAUCACCGAUUUGGAUAUAUUAUUUCGAUUCUAACACGACAUCAACAAAUAAAUGCUGCCCGAACAUGAUAAUUAGUUAAAUUGUGCCUGAUUUGUGUCAGUACUUAUUGUCAGCGCGUCACAAUUUUAGUGGUUACGUCACGUGUAUAAUGAUUACGUCACAUGUCUAAAUAUAGAACGUCAAACAGUGAUUUUAUAGCAUAAUAACACACACUUUCGGUUCUUCUAUGUUCAAUAGGGAAAAAUGCGGGUCGUGUUAGAAUAUUCCUUAGAACUCUUCUCAGAAAUCAACAAUAUUGUUGUUGACUGAGAAAAGUAUACUGUUAUAACAAAGGCACGCUUUUAAUGAGGCUACAGUACUUCUCUCCAGAUUCAAACCUUGUACUGGUCGAGUAUUUUAUUUACAAUUAUUUGUAGUAUUUAAAUUGCUGUGACAGGCUAUCAUAGAAAUAUUUGGGUUUAUAAACAGGCCUUGUUUUCAUGAUUACAAUUCUAUAUACAUGUACUUUAGUCUGCUGGUCAUAGAAGUUAUUUUUGAAAAUACAGUUAUUUUGAAAAAAAAACAA